CGCGCAGGGGACCAGCCCGGGGCUGCAGCACUUCACCGCACACCCCACCGCCCAGCGCCGGGCGAAGCACCGACGAUGGAACCCGUGACCAAGUGGAGCCCCAAACAAGUGGUGGACUGGACUAGAGGGUUAGAUGACUGCCUGCAGCCGUAUGUCCACAAGUUUGAGAGGGAGAAGAUAGACGGGGAGCAGCUAUUGAGGAUCUCGCAUCAGGACCUCGAGGAGCUGGGCGUCACACGGAUCGGACACCAGGAGCUGGUGCUGGAGGCUGUGGACCUUCUCUGUGCACUGAAUUAUGGCCUUGAAACCGAGAAUAUGAAGAACCUGGUUCUGAAACUUCGAGCGUCUUCCCACAAUUUGCAGAAUUACAUAAGUAGCCGGCGGAAGAGUCCAGCUUAUGACGGGAACACGUCCCGCAAGCCCCCCAACGAGUUCCUGACUUCCGUGGUGGAACUCAUUGGCGCGGCCAAGGCCUUGCUGGCUUGGCUGGACCGGGCUCCAUUCACAGGCAUCACUGAUUUCGCAUUAACGAAGAACAAGAUCAUUCAGUUGUGCCUGGACCUGACCACAACAGUCCAGAAGGACUGCCUCGUAGCAGAAAUGGAGGAUAAAGUUUUAAAUGUAGUCAAGGUCUUAAAUGGCAUCUGUGACAAAACAGUGCGCUCAACCACAGACCCUGUUAUGAGCCAGUGCGCAUGCCUGGAAGAAGUUCACUUACCCGAUGUCAAGCCUGGGGAAGGCCUGGGCAUGUACAUCAAAUCAACCUAUGAUGGAUUGCACGUGAUUACUGGAACCACAGAAAAUUCUCCUGCAGACAGAUCUCAAAAGAUUCACGCUGGUGAUGAAGUCAUUCAAGUGAAUCGACAAACUGUGGUGGGGUGGCAACUAAAAAACCUGGUGAGAAAGUUGAGAGAGAAUCCCACUGGAGUUGUGUUGCUGCUGAAGAAGCGGCCCACAGGCUCCUUCAACUUCACUCCUGCCCCCUUGAAGAACCUUCGGUGGAAGCCACCUCUCGUGCAGACCUCACCCCCUCCCACUACAACCCAGUCCCCAGAAAGCACCAUGGAUACGUCCCUGAAGAAGGAGAAGCCAGCCAUCCUGGACCUGUACAUUCCGCCCCCACCUGCUGUUCCCUACUCUCCCCGGAAUGAGAACGGGAGUGUUGUCUACGGAGCGCUCAGUAAGGGUAAACAGCCCCUGCCUGGACGCAAGGGAUCUGAGUCCCCGAACUCCUUCCUGGACCAGGAGAGCCAGAGACGCAGAUUUACCAUUGCUGAUUCCGAUCAGUUGCUGGGCUAUUCGGUGGAAACCAACAUUCCACCCCCCAAAAUGAGAGAGAAAACAGCAUCUUAUGGCAAGCCCCGGCCUCUGUCCAUGCCUGCAGAUGGGAACUGGAUGGGGAUUGUUGACCCUUUUGCCAGACCUCGAGGUCAUGGGAGGAAAGGGGAAGAUGCCCUUUGCCGGUACUUCAGUAAUGAGCGGAUCCCCCCCAUUAUCGAAGAAAGUACCUCUCCUGUGUACCGCCUCUCCAGACCCACAGCUGAGCGGCAUCUGGUGCGAGGUGCAGACUAUAUCCGAGGAAGCAGGUGCUACAUCAACUCAGAUCUACACAGCAGUGCCACCAUUCCAUUCCAAGAAGAAGGGCCCAAGAAGAAGUCUGCCUCGUCCGCCAAGGCAUCUUCCACUGAGCCCUCCCUGCUGGUCAGCUGGCUGACUCGCCUCAAGCUGUUGACUCAUUGAUAUGGUUCUACCAGCCCCCUGCCUGUCUCCUGCUACAAGUGCCUUCUUCCUCAGUGGACGGCCCCUGUCGACUGCUCCGCAGUGUUCCACACCCUUCUUACUUCAUUCCACUUGUUUUAUUUGAAAGUUGUAUAUUGCCAUUCCUGGAACUUUGAAAUAAUUGGAGGCCAUCAAAUCCAGGGGAUCCUAGGUGCUGUUUGUAGGGGGCAGAAGGAAGGACCUGGCACAGCCUGCUUUCCUUGCCUCCCGUUGUUGGAACGUGGGGACAUAUUGUGCAAGUUGUGUUUGGCCCAGACGUGUGAAUGUCAGGAAUUGGCAUUGUUCACCGUUGUUUUCUCGGGUGGUGGGGACUGGACUGAAAUUGGUGACUUUGGUUCCACAGAUGUGUCAGUUUGUGGUUCAACUUCUGUACCUGAAAAAGCCCAUGGAGAAAACAUUUUUGUUUUGAUUCUUAAUGCUACGUACCAUAUGUGAGUGCAUCAGCUUCCACUGCAGAAUGGCAUGGGAUAUGGAUGUAAGGCUCUUUGGAGCAUGAGUCUACCUGUAGCUCAAUUGUUACACAUGCUUAACCCUCCUUUUCCAUAACAAUUCUCCUUCUAGAUCAGCCAAGACAGAAACUCAUGAGCACAGUUUGAUAGGGCUUACUACACACAAAGCAGUAUAGGGUUAUUUGUGAGAGGCAUUGCUGUUGUAUGUUUUUGUCUAAGGGAAAAGAAGCUAUAAGAUUUGCUGAAAGCCAAAGUAUGAUUCAGAAAAGUGAAGCAGCAAGAUUUAGGGGUAAAAAGACAUUUGUCAGUUUGCAUUUUUGACCCGUUUGACGCCUGUCUUCUGGAAAAGAACCGCCAGCCUUUCCAAGUUGUACACAUUUUGCUAAUUAGAAGUAUCCUCAUGGUCACUGAUUUUCAACUAGCAUCAGGUAUUUUGAAAAUGUGUGUCUGGAUAUUAACUCUUGUGUAAACUGAAUGUAUGAUAUUUUGCUAGAAUGGGAAAGUCCUAUCCUGUUAAUUUAAGUGUUUUAAAUAGAGUUGUAUAUUUUUCUUACUCUUAGUCACAUGUAAUUGAAAUACUUCUGUUGUGCGUCUUGUGUGAAACCCAUGAAAAAGAGCAUUCAAGGGGUUUUCAGAUAUACAAGGGACCACUGUGGCCACUGCCAGCAUGGGCACUAAUAUUAAAAGCCAAAAUAAAACCUCUCAAGCAUU